GUCUUUGGAAACGCACGCAGAAGCGCCGGAGCGGUGUGGGGAGGCGUCGCGGCGCCAGCGCUGCCGGCUGUGAUGCCGGGCGGUCGCCUUUGCGUUCUCCGAAGCGGCUCCGGCGGCUCCCCUCCCUCUGUUCCGGCGGCGGGGCUGGGAAACGGGGAGGGGGCGAGCAGCGGGGAGCAGCGGCGCUCACGACCCAUCCGUCCACUGCCACGACCCGCGUCGCUUUGUGGGCGUGCUGCUCCGGUCGCUUUGUGGGCGUGCUGGCGCCGGCGCUCGCCGGCCUGCUUGUGGGGGAGGGGGCCAUUAGCGGUUUCACCUUUAUGCUUGUGAACCUGCCAGGGUCAAGGAGAAUGGAAGGAAUCACGUGGCAGGAGCCUAGAGGCCAAAGGCUGUUUUACUGCUGAUUAAUUGGGACCUAGUGGUAAGAAGAAAGCAGUAGAAAUUACC